AGUUGUAUUUGGUCCGGCCAAUUACUCAGUUGCCGACGAAGACCGUGUUGAAAUAUGCAUACAUGACUGAAUAGGGCAGCUCCCAAAGAGAUCAACCCACCUCCGAGUUAACCUUUUGUGGAAUCAACAAAAACGUGCUAGUUUGGAAACCAGACAUGAAAUCGACUGACACGGUGAUUAUCAGACAAUGUUCCCGAGAGUAAAUCAAAUUGAUUUUGGUGGAGUAAAGCCUGAGUGGCGGAACGCUUGGAGCCUCGGCAUGACUUUGUAUUCUCCUGACUUUCAACAUGUGCUGCAAUUGCAGCAAACCCUCUAUGAUCCGCUCUAGCGCAUAGGACUAACUUUUGGGAACGCAGACAUUCCGGCAAGAGUAAUAUGGGGCGAUUUAGCCCCAACCUCGAAUGAAAUCUUAAGAAUUGAUAAUCUAACUAACAAUCGAAGGAUCUGGACACAAUGCGUGUCCGGGGCAGUGCAAUGAACUUCAAUGCAGAGAUCGGAACGCAAGAAUCAGAGCGCAGGCUACGGCAAGCACAGAGUAAACUUCCCUGCGCGUCGACGUCGUGCCUGCAGAACUUCUGGACGGAGGAAGAGCAAGAGCCGUGGCAUUGGUGUCGAGCAUGGGGGGACUGGCAACGGGAGCUCGUACGUUUUUCACGAGGGGUAAGGGUCCGAUACAACUCGACGGAGCUUGGUGCGUGGCCGAAGUCCAGACCGUCACAUUGGCUGCAGUCUGCAGAAGAAUGGAGCCGGAGUCGUUCAAGAUCGCAUGAUCCACACCGAGGCCGGUGGUGUCGCUGCUGAAAGCGAUGGCCCCGUUGACAUAUGCAUGCGACAGCAGGAGAUUGCCUUCGGUGGAGAUGCCGAAAUAGCACAGCUGCAUCGAGUCGUUGCUCCGUUGCAGCUCCUGAUCGCAUGGCGCUCGCCAUACAUUCGUCUUGUUGGCAGCAAUGGUCUGGUUCACGACGGAAAUCCAGCAGAAAAACUCGUUGCCUGGAUUGUUCGGAUUAUUUGCGGGCUCCGCUUGCACGGCCAGGUAGAAUUGCCUGUUAGGAGAAACGAUGACAGGCUGAUCUGUGAACUGGAACAAGUUGUCGACGGAUCCAAUUCCCACAAUCAUGCCGACUCGCCAUAGCUCGAGCUCAUUCAGCUGCGAAUUGCACACGAUGGCACUCGUGGAUAUUAGGGCGAGAAGAAGCAACACCGAAAUGUCUGCUCUGGACAUAUCUCCUGCUAGCCCCGGGUGGAAGACUUGACCUGAGCUCUCUCAAUGCGAGCAACGUGGAGGAGAAUUGACUCUGGCAGCGAGCUGCGUUGACGAUCGCGAAAAGUGAAGACCUCGCUGUCGUGAGCGGUCAGAGAAAGCUCCGAUGCGUCUGAGAGGAAUGGGCUUGCACCAUUCGUCGUGAGACUGUGGCCGGUCAGCGCAAUAGAGAUCGGCAGAAUGCACGGAUCUGGAUUGCACGUCUGUCUGUCUGUCGGUCGGAGAGCAGUCAGCGCUGCAUCCACAGAUUUGGAUUUUACCGCACUGCAGUUUUCCACCGCGACACCGAAAGAGUCGAAGUGAGGACGAUGGAACAUUCAUUCAGCGAACCGAUUGCUUUCUGCCAUUUAAUCUUCCUUCCUUCCUUCACUGCACGACGCGCAGCUUAAUAGGCAGAUCAAAACCCUCCGCUCUUGGAUCCGAGAUGCACAUUCAGGGGAUCCCAACUGUGGGCCGUUCUGCGCGACAAGAUCUCUUCGGAUCUGCACUCGCGGAGCAUAUUCUAUUGACCAAAUCAACGAGAUAAGAGGCGAAGGUAUCGGCGGAAAUUCGGAUGCGUUACAAGGUGGAAUCUCCGGCCAAUUAUGGCGAGAUCCACAUACGGACCAGGAUGAACAAUGGUGGUCACUGUGGAGGCCAUCAUCGGAACGAAUGAUCUGAUCUGAUCUCCUCCGUUAGCGAAGAGUCUAAUUCCGAGCGAGUAAAUUCUUCGACAGCAUUGGUGGCCUCGGCGCUCAGCUAGUCUCGAUCUCGGAAGACGACAGACGGCGCCUAGGCUGCUGCUCGAUUGCGUCAAGCAGGUGCAGCGGAUCAGCCGCCAUUGACGUAAAUUGAGCGACUUCGGUUGGCAAUCUGGCCCCAGUCGUCAUGUGCUCGACCCUAUUUCUGCCGCUUCUCGAGCUCUGCGAUUGAAAUUCCUCUGUGCAAGCUCCACAUUCCUACAUACCGCUCGGCGGCAGCGUAGUUUCCACUUCGAAUUGUGGACACCCUUCGAGUCGAACACGCCGCGAUCUCCCUCCAAACGCUGAGAACCAGUUCGAAAGCAUCGCUCUGGAAUCCGAUCGGACUCGAACCGCAGUCCAAUGCUGACGCCCGUACGGUGAUCUCCGAACGUGCUGACUCUCGAUACCGCCGUCGUGAGAUUGUUGAGUGCGGAACUCCUUUCGGGUCCGAUUUCUGGAACAUGGCGCGUUCGUCGGAGGAGUCAAUGUUAGCAGAUUUGUGGGUUUAGAGGUCAUGGAAGAUGCUCCGUGACAGUGAUGAUGACGCCAAUGGAAUGGGACGAGGCUUUCGCAGAGCGUUUUCAAAUAGAGUAAAUUUAAAGCUGGGCUGCUUGCUUACUGAAGCUUUCGACGGACUGAUUCUGGUUGGACAAUCGGUGAGUGCGGAUUUGUGACGAUUAUCUCCGUUCUGCCCAUUUGUCGCAGCGAUCCGCAGUCGAUGGAUCCACGAUAUGGUUUACGGUUCUUUGUACGAAGCUGCCUAAGAUCCGCCCCGGAGGGCAGGAAGC